AAUAUUUAAAUGAGGGUCAAAGAUCGAAUUAACAUACAGUGAAGCAUGUUUGGACUAUGGACAUGCUAAAUUUCUCCAUGUUUGAAAACAGUGCAUGCAGCUUUUAUACUUGCUUUGGGUUAUUGCAAGUUGCAACAUACAGACAUUACAACUAAAGAACGUUUUCAAUUCUGUUUUGAAAGCUUGCAUUGAUUUAUUUUUCAAAAGAAAUGAGUCUGUGUUUGACAGCAGUGAGAAAAGCAGGGUGUUGGCCGCAGAGCAUCGUGGGAAAUGUGCGUCUCUGCAGGACCAUUUCUCAGGGGAAUCCACUUCAAGUUCAGUCAAGUUAUUUGCCUCUUGUGCAGAGAGGAAUUCCAAAUUGCAUAGCAUCCCGAGAUCCAAAUGGCCGUUUCGCUCGAUCUUCAUCAAGCCUCAACAUUUCUGGGACGACAUCAAUGUUGGCCUGGCAGAUUGAGAGCUACGGUGGCAACGACAAAGUGAAAUUGGUUGAAAAGCCAAUUCCAGUCAUCACUCAACCAAAUCAAGUGCUCAUUAAAGUCCAUGCCAGCAGCGUAAACCCGCUAGAUGUGAAAAUGCGGCAAGGUUACGGAGCCACACUUAUGAACAAAGGUCGUAAGGUCAAGUCUGGAGGGGAGUUCCCCUUGACCCUCGGUCGUGAUUGUUCAGGGGUCAUCGUUGGAUUGGGAAAGGCGGUGAAAGGUUUUGAAGUCGGAGACGAAGUCUGGGGGACUGUGAAUCAGAUCAACCAAGGCGCUCAUGCUCAGUACGUCCUGACGACAAAUGGAGAAAUCAGCCUCAAACCAAACAACUUGUCCCACGUUGAAGCAGCCUCGAUUCCGUAUGUCACAAUCACUACGUGGAGCGCUACGUACGCCAUUGCAAGAUUCCGCCCAGAAAAUGCUGUCGGUCGGUUUGCUCUUGUUCAUGGCGGAGCUGGCGGCAUCGGAUCUUUCGCGAUUCAACUUCUGAAAGCUUGGAACGCUAGAGUAGCGACUACAUGCAGUACCGACUCUGUUGACUUUGUCCGCAGCCUCGGAGCAGAUCACGUUGUCGAUUACAGAACCACAGAUCCUGAAAAGGAACUCAAGAAACUUGGCCGAUUUGACUACAUCCUUGACCCGAUAGGUGGUAAAGUGGAGGAGUACUCCUUAAAUCUGCUGAAUGGUGCCAAGGGAGCUAAUUAUGUUACUCUAAUUACUCCACUUAUGGCAGCCAUUGAUUCUCAAGGAGCAGUACUUGGAAGCCUCUCCUCUAGCUUUAACCUCAUCAAGAAGGCUCUCCAAACAGCCAAGGUGGGAGGCAAGUACCGCUGGGCGUUUGCGACGGCCAACGCAGAGGCGCUGAAGAAGGUGGCAGCGCUCGUUGAGGAAGGGAAGAUACGACCGGUCGUUAAUAAAGUGUUUCCAUUCACUGAAACCCCCGAGGCACUGAGAGCAGUGGAGGCGGGGCGUGCUAGAGGAAAGAUUGUCAUCAGUGUUGUCAAGGACAAAGAAGAGCAGGAGGCGAAGAAAGUAGACAUCUUCAAAGAUGCUUGAAAUACAUGCUCCAGUAAACUGAGCUACAUUAUGUAUAAUUGAAGAAAAUUUCAAAAUUCACAUGACAGCUAAAAUUAAUAAAUCUAAAUGAGCGAUACAAAUUGAAUGCUACUACAAGACAGGUUCAUACUUCACGUAAAUUUCAUUAAGUAGCAAUUUUUUUCAUUAGGGUACUGUCGAAUGUCAUGAUGCUUUUGCUUUCGUGUGAAUUAGAGACUUAUAAGAAAUGGAACUUUCUAAUAUUUGUUGAAGACGUGUACAGGGACUAGCCUUUGAGUUUAGUAGUCAACAUUCAAAUUACUUGAUCAAAAUCUGAUUUUCUGACUCGGAAUACAGGAGUGGAACUACAAGAACAUUAUAUUAGAUUUUAAAUUGUGUAAAAAAGUUUCAAAUUGUCAUUUUUCGAAAGAAACCAUAGGCCUAUUUGUUGA